CGCCACCCGGUUCCUCAAAAUCUCUCCCAUCCGCAAUUUGAUGAUGUUUGAGCUUCUUUGAGCUUCUAAAACCGAUGACAGUUUUUUAUUAAACCAACAAAUGCCCCAGAAGUGAGCGGACUUCUGUAGAUCAACGAUAAAGCGGUCGAGGAAGGCGCGAACAUGUCGGCCAGCGCUGUUUAUGUGUUAGAUCUUAAGGGGAAGGUCCUGAUCUGCCGUAAUUACCGCGGGGAUGUGGACAUGUCUGAGAUUGAGCACUUUAUGAGCCUGCUGAUGGAUAAAGAAGAGGAGGGCACGCUGUCACCCAUCCUGGCUCAUGGUGGAGUUCGUUUCAUGUGGAUUAAACACAACAACCUGUACCUUGUUGCAACAUCCAAAAAGAAUGCUUGUGUCUCCCUGGUUUUCUCCUUCCUCUACAAAAUUGUUCAGGUUUUCUCUGAGUACUUUAAGGAGCUGGAGGAGGAGAGUAUCAGAGAUAACUUUGUCAUUAUCUACGAGCUGCUGGAUGAACUCAUGGACUUUGGAUAUCCUCAAACUACAGACAGCAAGAUCCUUCAGGAAUACAUUACUCAGGAAGGUCACAAGCUGGACACAGGAGCUCCACGACCCCCUGCGACUGUAACCAACGCCGUCUCCUGGAGGUCCGAGGGCAUCAAGUACAGGAAGAACGAGGUUUUCCUGGACGUCAUCGAGUCUGUCAACCUCCUGGUCAGCGCGAAUGGUAACGUCCUUCGCAGUGAGAUCGUUGGCUCCAUUAAGAUGAGAGUGUUCCUCUCGGGAAUGCCAGAGCUGCGUUUGGGUCUGAAUGACAAGGUUCUGUUCGAGAACACUGGCCGUGGUAAGAGUAAAUCAGUGGAGUUGGAGGAUGUGAAGUUUCAUCAGUGUGUGCGUUUGUCUCGAUUUGAGAACGAUCGCACCAUCUCGUUCAUUCCUCCGGACGGAGAGUUUGAGCUGAUGUCCUACCGCCUCAACACGCAUGUGAAGCCGCUGAUCUGGAUCGAGUCUGUGAUUGAGAAGCAUUCGCACAGCAGAAUCGAGUACAUGAUCAAAGCCAAAUCUCAGUUUAAACGACGAUCCACUGCCAACAAUGUGGAGAUUCAUAUUCCCGUCCCGACCGACGCAGACUCGCCCAAGUUUAAGACCACAGUGGGCAGCGUGAAGUGGGUCCCGGAAAACAGCGAGAUUGUUUGGUCCAUCAAGUCUUUCCCUGGAGGUAAGGAGUACCUGAUGAGGGCUCAUUUCGGGCUUCCCAGUGUGGAGGCGGAGGACAAAGAGGGAAAACCACCGAUCAGUGUGAAGUUUGAGAUUCCCUAUUUCACCACUUCUGGAAUACAGGUGCGUUACCUGAAGAUCAUCGAGAAGAGCGGCUAUCAGGCGCUCCCGUGGGUUCGAUACAUCACCCAGAACGGAGACUAUCAGCUGCGGACUCAGUAAACGUGAGGAAUUGGUCCAGAGCAUCAUGGGUCAAGGAUGUGUGUCUGUCUCUCUCUUUCUCACACUCAUCUGCAGUAGUGCUUUGUCUGAUUUAAAAGCAAUA